UUUGAAGAAUUUCACCGUAAUUAUAACUAUGUAAUACUGAUCAAUAGUAUUGCUGAUCCUCGCCUUAUUGAAUGUCAAGUAUGUGAAUAUAUUGCACAAAUGACUAAAAAAGAUAGAGGAGAAUAUAAGGCUAAAAGCGUUCAACAAGCAUUUCCUAACUUGUAUGAUGUUGUAAAUAAAAAAAUAAAAGAUUUGCAAGAAAAAGGAUUAGGCAAAAAAGAAGAUUCAGUUGCACUAACAGCUCAACAAGUUAAAAAGAUUCUGGAUGAUAAAUUUUUAGAUCCAAACACACCUGAAGGUUUAUUGUAUCAGAUCCAAGCAGAUAAUAGUAUUUUAUUCUGUUAUUAUCAUAGUAAGAAUAACCAAUGUGGAAUUCUUGGGGGUUCUGCUCAAAAUAUUCACCUGCCACCUGAUUUACCUGGUACAUCUGGGCCUGUUA